GUCUGAACACUUUUGCAAUGCACUGUAAAACAGCAAAAAUCAGAAAAAAAUGGAAUGAAACACAUAAAGGAUAAUAAACAAAUGCUUCCAGAAUGCAGCCCCCAACUAAUCAGAUGAAAAUAAACAGUUUUGUUUAUUUUUGUUUGAUAAACAGAGGGAAAAAUUAGUCUGAUUGGAUUGAAUUGGGAGCAUUUCUUAUCUCCUUGGGGAAAUAGAAUAAAAUAUGGAAACUUAAACACACUAAUUUUACCCCAUAUAUCGGGCUUAAAAUGAUGAAAGAAAAUUCUUGACUUUUCAAGACUGUGUAUAUUAACCCCGAUUACAGAACCGUAUGGCUUCACGGUUGGUGAAUCUUUGAGUUUGACUCCCUUCCAGAUGGUGGCGCUGAAGAGAUGAGCCGUGAGAGCAAAGACAAGAGGAAGCGCGACAUUUCUGUUUGUGGCGCAAGUAGCUAGCUAAGCUAACACGUUUCGUUACCAAGAAUGGCAACGUCCAAGAAGGGGAAAAAAGUAGUAAAUCAAGAAGAACUCCGGCGGUUGAUGAGGGAGAAACAACGACAGAACACGGAGAAGAAACGCGUGGAAUCUCCCUUCGCCAAAUACAACAGUUUGGGCCACCUCAGCUGUGUCCUGUGCUCCGUGCAGGUGAAGUCUGAACUUCUGUGGCCAGCUCAUGUUCUGGGGAAGCAGCAUAAAGACAAGGUUGCAGAGUUGAAAGAAGGAAAGAGCCAACCAGCUGUAUCACAGAGUCACCCUGUAAAAAGGAAAACACAGGACAGCGUGGAAGUUGUUGGGAAAAAGGCCAAACCAGCAGGUCAGUCUGAGUCGGGUUUGCCUGGAGACUUUGAGAAGUCUUCCGAAAAGGCGACUGCUUCCACACAGAAAUCUGCAGGACUGAGCCUCUUAGCAGGAGUUUACGACGAGGACGACGCUGAUGAAGCGGAUGUCCCAGCGCAGCCCGCUAAAGAGCUGCCAGCUGAUUUCUUUGACAGCUCCAUCCCACCCACGCCUGCCGUUUCCCACUCGGGAUCUAUCCUCAAAGCAGACGCCCCGGAGAAGACUCCCGAAAAGAAAGACAACACAGCCGAGGCGCUGCCCGAGGGCUUCUUCGACGAUCCGGUCAGAGACGCCAAAGUGCGGAACGUCGACGCCCCGAAAGAUCAGAUGGACAAGGAGUGGGAAGAGUUUCAGAAGGAGAUCCGACAGGUGAACACAAAGUCUGAGGCCAUCGUGGCAGAGGACGAUGAAGAGGGACGUUUUGAGCGUCAGAUCGACGAGAUUGAUGAACAGAUCGAGUGUUACAAAAGGGUGGAACUGCUGAGGGACAAGCGGGAUGUGUUGAAAAGUAAACCAGCGCCAAGAAAGGAUGAAGAAAUGGAGACUGAUAAUAACAAUGAGGAGGAGGAGGAAGGAGAAGAAGAUGAAGAGGGGUUGCUGGGGCUUUUGUCCCGAGACUGGAGGGCUAAAGGGGCUCUGGCUUAGAGUUCUUCAUGUAAAACCUGGUUUUGUUAAGAUUGUUGAUAAAUUUGCUCUCAAACAUGAAAUUUGUACAUAGUUUUGCUAAAAGUCGCGGUCUUUUGUAAAUUUCAUUUUCAGUCAUGCAAAAGUACUUCAGUAAAAGUGCUACACAAAAUCAAAGCUUCUGAAUGUAUCCUUAAAAAACAUAAGAAACUCAAGCCUUUAACUGUCUUUAUUCAUUGGUGCUCAAACAACAAAAAACAUUCAUAAAAUCUAAUUUACAGUUGCAUUGUGGACCCAAAAAUCUCUGACACAAAAGCUUGACAAACCUUCAUCCUGCAAAGAAACAUUUAAUUUAUGUAUGUACUCAUGUUAACAUGGUGAAUUUAACAAACAUGCCAUAAUCUAAUGGUAACUAUUACCUUGAUAAGAUCAGUUACAGAGCAGUUAGACCCCUAAUACCUUUUUAAUUUAAAGCAUAAAAGUGGAGAACACAACAUUUUUGGUCUAAAGAGAUAUAAAUCAAGUGUGUAGUCAGAUGCAUUUAUUUUUAGCUAAGAUUAUGAACAUGUUAGCAUAAAAGUGCAUCAAUCCUAAACUAUCAAAAUGUUAUUUAAGAAAUUUAACGGAAAAGUGAAACUCCUAAGAUUUAAAACAGUAAAAGUGUUUAUUUCUGGCAAUUUUGAUGAUUCUUUACAGCUACUAAAGACCCAAAUUUUAGCUUCUCAGAAAAUUAAAAUAUUAAAGACCAAAGAAAAAGGAUUUUAAAUAGAAAUGUACCACAGCAAAAUAAUCUGGCUCUUCAUUGAGAGCUGUAUGCAAGCAUAUUACAGAAAGGUGAGUGGAAGGAAAACUGUUGAUUUAAUGUUCCAAUAGAAGUUGGCACACUGUCUAAAGUACCAAAACCUUGUUUAAAGACCAUUUUAUCUCAGUAUGUUUAGUAAGUAAACUUUCCAGAUUUAUUAUCAAGAGGAUGAUGAAAGUAUGUCUAGGAGACCCAAAUAGCCAAUCAAGAUCGAGUGCAUAAACUGGACAGUACCUGGGCAUUUUUGGUUGGCCAGUUGUAUAAAUUCCUUUGUUUUUUAUUGGUCUUGUAGUUUAUUGCAAACACAAAAUCAGUAUCUGAGAAAGUACAUUUUGAGUUUUCCUUUGCCAUCACUCAGCUACAAUUAUUAAACAAUUUGUCUCUAUACGUGAUGAAUCUGAUUUUGACUUUAUUUACUGGAGUAAAUAAAAAAUUUAAAAGACAUUCUAAUUUGUUGAGAUGUAUCUUUAUUGUGACCCAAUUAAUCAAUUCUCUGGUGGAUUUUAAAUGAUUAAUUCUGUCAAUUAACCUUUAGCAUGUUUUCUUGAACCAAAAGGUCAGAACUUAAGGAGAACAACAAAUCAGUAUCAACAAAAAAA